AUGUCUCGAGGCAAGACGUGCCGGUUCGGCCAGUCCGCCGGUCAGAACGGCCGUUCGGAUCGCACCGCCGCCGUGGCGGAUCGGAAUGCGCUUCCUUCCCAGCAGCAGCAGCAGAGUCCGCUCGCGAUCCCUGCUGCCGUCACGAUCCCGCCCCUGGCAUCUCCUGAGGCCACGUCGGUCCAGGCACAUCUCCUUGAGGAGCUCCAGUCGCUCAAGAAGCUUGCGAGUGACCUGGAAAGGCGCGUGUUCCAGACCACAGGCCUCCAGGACGACUGCCAUGGCGACAGCGUUGGGCUAUCGCGCCCACCCGGGGCGAGCCAGCUGGACGCGGGCAUCGCCAGGCCGUCGAGCCUUGAUCAGGUGAAGGAGGUUGUGGCCCAUCUUGAGCGUGUGUCGAUGGUCCAGAGUGCUCGGGAACCCAUCGAUGCUGAUGGCCUUGUGUUUAAGAUUGAGCGCAUUCGGAAUAUCUCGCGGACCCCCAGCUACACGGUCCAGUCGGGAAAGACGGUGCGCUGCAUAUGGCUUCCGCGGCAUGAGGAAGCGCGAGCCCUGCUUGAUAAAUUCAUCACCGAUGUCAGCUAUAUCCUGCAGGUCGUGCACCACCCGUCACUGUCGGCUAUCAUCGACGAUAUCUACCGCCAGGUCGAAAACGAGGGGACCGUCAAGCCGGGCCAUCUUGUCCUACUUCUCAGCGUCAUCGCUAUCACGACAGAGGUAUGGACUCAGAGCGACGACGUGAGAGGCGACGGCCCUUUGUUCCCGUCGUCAGCCCAUGCCAAUUCGCAAACAUCCAUGUGGAUCAAGGAGACGAUCGAUGUUCUCAAUGGCGGGCAAAACGGUCCGGCGCUGGCGCUGGAGACGAUCCAGGGGAUUAUCAUUCUGUCCUUCGUGCUCAGCAAUCUGGAAGGUGUUUCCCUUCGAUAUCGAUCGCUGAUAUCUACAGGUCUACUACUGAGUCGCGAACUGGGCCUCCAUCGUAUCGACCAUGAAUCAAACGCAGCCACUGCAAACACCACCCAGGCGGAGAUUGGCCGUCGGGUAUGGUGGAUGUUGGCCGCCAGAUACGGCGGCCCGGGCGAAGGCGUAUAUCAGGUUAACCCGCGGCAUAUGAUCGUCAAAAAGCCACGCAAUAUCAACGAUGUGGACCUUGUUGAUAACGGUCCUCAGUUGGAGCUCCCCAUCUCCCAGCCGACAGAUAUGUCAUAUUUUCUACAGCGCAUUCGCCUGGCGGAAAUCUCACGAAGCAUAGUUGACCACAACCCAAUGGCGGUGAUCAGCUUCGGGGGAUUGAGCUACUACGCGCAUGUCAUAGCCAUGGACUUUGAGCUCAGUGAGAUGAUCAACAACAUUCCUUCAUUCUUCCACCUCGACAGGUAUGAAGCCAACACGAGCUCAAUGUCCAGCGGGAUUUUCAUCCAGGCCUAUCUUCUCAACUCUGUCAUUCACACCCAGCGCUGUAAGCUGCAUCUCCGGUAUCUCACCUCCGGCCCCAAUAACAACCCAAACUACGCCUCUUCGCGAGCCACUUGCCUUACGUCCGCGCGCCAGCUGAUCCGUGCAGAAGCCCAGCUCGAGCGCGCCCAGCAUCCCUUCGUGCUCAUACGACUACGUCUAUCGGGAAUGCUCUAUGGCGUCUUCUUGGCUAGCAUUGCGUUGCUGAUGGACGCCUACAUCAACGGGGCAGGGUCACUGCAGGACGAGAUACGUCGUGGUGAUGUAGCAGAAGCCCUGCGCAUCGUUGAAGGCGCAAGGAGCCACUCGUGGGCGGCAGCAAAUCUCCAUGAAUCACUCAUGCAAGUUCUGGCGAAGUACCGUGCUCAGCAACCGCAACAGCGGCAGCAGUCACAGCAGCAGAUGCAGCAACAUAUGCAAAUGGAGCCAACGCCGCGUCCGAUGACCGGCGUAUCCACUGCUUCUUCUGCGCCAGCGAUAGAUGCCGCCACUGGACAAUCUGCCCAGCUAUCCGAUCAGCCAGCGAUAUCAUCCGCCUUGAGAGGAUUGGAUAGCGGAAAUCCGAUGCCCGAUCAAAUGUCCGCGGCCACAACUAGCCAGGCGCCGUAUUACAACCAACUGGCUGAAAGCUUGGAAGAACUAAUGUACACAGAUGGAUUCCAGUGGGAUGAUUUGUUUUCUGGCAUUGAUUCUGUUUCCUUUUUCUAG